ACAGACGGGCUUAGGCUGCGAUGAUUCCCAUCAAGCUGCUGGUGCAGGCCACUCAGAGGCCAGAAGGCCGAACCUACGCCGAGUACGAAUCCGUGAAUGAAUGCAUGGAAGGCAUCUGUAAGAUGUACGAAGAACACCUGAAGCGGAUGAACCCUCCCGGCCAGUCCAUCACGUAUGGGGUCGAUCAGUUGUUUGAGUUUAUCGACCGUAUGGUGAACCUCAGCUGCCUGGUGUUCCGAGAAGACACCCAGACCUACAAGCCUUACAGCCGAGAGUGGAUCAAAGAGAGGCUCUACGUGCUUCUCAGUCAGCAGGCAGAGAAGUCCGGGCCAUAGUGAUCUGGAAGCUUCCGGGGCCGGGGCCGACCUGGACCACAGCUUCUUCCCAGAAUACCCCACUUGACUGUGUUAACUGAUGGACUUGCCCAGGUGUGAGGACUUCAUUACUUCUCCAUACUUAAUGCUUCAACAUAUGUGAAAGAAAAUUGAUCGGGGAGCCUAAAUCCAAAGCCUUUUCCUGCAUAUGACGUGGCAUCCAACUACCAUAUGAUUCCAGACACAUUAUUCAAACUGUUUCAAAU